UCACAUAAUGGUCCUCGAACGCAACGGCUGCGCAUAUUGCAACUCAGCAUUCAACCUGACCCAAUGUCAGGGUGGGUGCAUGGUGGUACUGUACUGUAGCCAGGAGCACCAAGAGGCCCAUGACGCACAGCACAGACGCAAGUGUGAAGACAUCUGUGUAUCGCGAGCUACUCAUCUAGAGGAGCGUGAUCGUGUUAUGAGACAAGCCAAUGUCACCGAUGACUGGCAAACCUUUGUCAGAAGGACAAACCCUGGUUCACUCUUCCUGUUCAAGUACACGAUUAGUCAAAUGUUUUACCGAUGCAGUCUUUCACUUGUCCACACCACGCUGGCACUGGAAAGUGAAAUGGACCUCGUCAAGAACUGGUAUGUUCCAUCACGAAACAAACCUACCUGUGAAGCCAUUCGGAUUGCGCCUUUCUUGAUACGCCUCAACCGGGACGAUGAGCUCGCUCGUGAGUAUCUCGACGGACUUGACAUUUCAAAAUUCCAGAUCUCUACAACUAGCACGAUCUCCGGCAAUUAUUGGAAGAUGAAAACCCGGUGCAACUUCGUCAAAAUCCUGGUGAGAGUCAGAGUGGCCGUGGACCUGAGAAUGUUAAGAAUGACCACGAAAGCCCUUGAAUCAGCAGUGCCUACCGAAAUCUUGGACCAAAUCCGUCAAGAGGUCGCGGUCAGUCCGUUGGUGUGGAAAAACCGCCGAUUUAUCGAAAGUAACGACCACGAUACACUGAUCCAGGCAUUAGACAAGGACAUCAUACACUCGGUGCAAGAGAUUCACAGUGAGAAUGGAAAUCUGUGGGGCGAGAUGUUCAAGGACGGAGAGCUCACAGUUCCAUUCAAGCAUCGUCUUCCUGGAGGAACAGAGAUUAAUACUGAUAUGAAACAGGAUGAGGCGCACUCAAUUAUUCGAGACAGCCAACUGGCUUGGAGGGGCUCUCCGGGUGCGGUGGAUUAUCUUCAGAGGAUUCUUCGCAUGGUGCUGCCGCCUUGUCGUAAUCAUGAGGAUAUGGUAGCGCUCAGUUAG